GUCACGAAUUUGUCCAGUUGAAGAAGAAGCGCCAACCAUGAAUCAAUGGAAUGAAUGGCGGGAACUAGAGAGCGAUCCAGGUAUUUUUACGCUGCUGAUCGAGGAGUUUGGAGUGAAAGGAGCACAAGUAGAAGAAAUCUAUGAUCUAUCUAAGCCAAUGAAAGGGACAGUUUAUGGGUUUAUUUUUCUAUUCAAAUGGAUUGAAGAAAGAAGGUCCAGACGUAAGAUCCAGCCAUUAGAUGAAUCUUUUGUUGAAGAUCAAGAUAUUGUCAAUGAUAUCUUCUUUGCUCAGCAGGUCAUUCCUAAUUCUUGUGCCACACAUGCUCUUUUGAGUGUCCUUCUUAACUGUCCUCAUGUUGACCUUGGUGAUACUGUCAGUAAACUCAAGGAAUUUUCAAAGAAUUUCAACCCAGAGAACAAAGGUUAUGUCAUUGGAAACCUUCCUGAGUUGGCUAUGACUCACAACAAAUUUGCAAGGCCAGAAGCCAAGCAGUUACCAGAGAAAACCAAUUCUCUAUCAUCUGUAAGAGCCAUGGAGGCUUUUCACUUUGUUAGUUAUGUUCCAAUCAAGGGCCGUCUAUUUGAACUUGAUGGACUCAAACCAUAUCCUAUUGAUCAUGGUCCAUGGGGUGAGCAUGAAGACUGGACUGAGAAAUUCCGUAGAGUGAUUACGGAAAGACUUGGGAUUGCAACUGGAGGGGAGCCAUUCCAUGACAUUCGAUACAAUUUAAUGGCUGUUGUUGCUGAUAGAAUCAUGGGUUUCGAAGAAAGGCUGGAGAAACUCAAUGUUGACAGAGAAAUGAUCCUAGAGAAAGCUAAAACACUUGUUGAAAACAGCCAACUACCUAAAGACAAGUCUCAAGUAGAUUCAAAUGAGAAAACAGCUUCCACAGAAACAACACCACAACAAUAUCAGCCAAAUAAUGCAGGGAAUUUAAUGCCACCACCUCCAGCUGGACAGACACUUCUACUCCAAACACCUACAGCACUAUCUACAGCUGUAUCAACACCAAUGACAUCAACUUCUUUAUAUCAAGCUUCUCCAUCCACAGUCAACACUAUAAACUCAUUUACAACAACUUCGACACCAAGUGUUCCCAUAGCAACAGUUUCUAUGCCAACACAAAACUCUCUGACUUCAAGUAUUUCUGGAGACAGAGGCACCAGCCCCCAAACCAGUUCCUCCAAUACAAACUCCAAGACUAGCAGUUCAAGUAUCGAUUUAAUGAACAACAGUCGAGAGUCACCUAUUGAAGUGGUGUCAGACAAUGAGGACAAUGGAGAAACUACAGAAUCAGCUCCAUCAGAGGACCAGAAAGACUACGAAGAGACCUGUUAUGAUGACUUGGAUGAAUUAUUUGGUUUGCCCCAAGACGUUAAAAAGAGCUCGACAAUGACACACAAAGAGAAAGAAAAUCAGGAGAAAGAAGCGGAAAAGGAAGAAAAACCUGAAGAAAAUCCGAUGCAGAAACUUGUAGCAGAGUUAAAAGAAUUAUCCAGUCACUCAAAUGAAGCAAAGGCUCUUGCGAUGCAACUACAUGAAGUGGAAAGAGAAAUUACCAAUUGUGAAACUGGUAAAAAAGAAGAAACUGAAAAACGGAAGAAAUACUAUGUUGACCACUGUCGUCGUACCCACAACUACGACCCUUUUGUCUGCGCGUUUCUUACGAUGCUCGCUCAACAAGGCCACCUCGCUCAGUUAGUCGAACAGCAAGCAUCGCUCAAACGAAGAAUAGCGCAAAGCGCUGCGCAGAAGAAAAAUAUCAAACGUCCUUACAAGAAAAAAAACAGCAAGUAAAACUACUGUACUCACGUGAUCUUAACCGGACACUCACGUGAUAACGUCACCACUAAUUCCCAUGGAAACAGCUUUGUCGUCACAUGACCUAAUGGAGUUUUGGUUGGUAAAUAAGACCAGUUGCCAUUACCAUCUAGCAACAAUGGCGGGAAAGGAUCACGUGACUUAUGGGAAUGUUUCUCCAUUGAUGAUUUCAAACUAAGGUCCAAAGACUGAAGCUGGAGAUUUUUCGGCAUUGUUUACACAAGAAUUGCUCCC